CCCGCGCGUACGAAUGGCACGAGACGUCGAACUUACGUGCGUACGUUUCCGAUUGUUUACACUUUGGCAUAUAUAAAGGAGGAAGCACGAAGGUUUGACAAUCUCAGUUCACGAUCUCACGCCACAACGUUCAGAAUACAUAUAUAUAUAUAUAUAGUACUUAAUCCAUAACUGCUAUCAGUAAUUAAAUCCACAUACGAUAUAUACAUAUAUAUACAUGUGAGCAGAGGAUUGAUAAAAAUAAUAAUAAUAGAGUGAAAAUUAAGUGAGUCAUUAGUAAAAAAAAAAAGUGAAGUUAUACAAAAAAGGAAAAAAUGAGUCAAAUGAAUUUUAGUGUUUUUGUUCUGUUGGUCCUGUCAAUUUUGGCGAUUGUUAUGACAGCGCCAAGUAGGACGAGGAGAGCGACACCCUCGUGGCAUAAGCCAUGUGGAAUGCUACAGGAAACGGAAGUCACCUCUGGCAAUGAAGGCGAGGAUUUAAGAAUUAGCCUUGAGAGUAUUAAACUUCAGCAUGUCUUGACUAUGAAUAAUUAUUUGAGUCGAGAUUAUGAUUUUCUUUACGAGAGAGCGAGGCGAGGGGUGCACAGGCAUCAGUAUAUUCCAAAUUGGGUGCCCGGCGAGAAGGACGUUAAUUCAGUUCGGAAAUUGGCGAAAUCCUCUUCACAAAUGAUUGCAAGUCACUUACCGAAGAUGCAUUUGGACCUGCAAAAGUUCGCCGUUGCAUUCGAGGAGUUGAUGGAGGAUGAGAGAAAUCCAAGAAUUUCGGAUGCCCUGAGAGACACUCAUUCUUAUCUCAUAAUGAUGUUGUGCGAAGUAGAGACCAACAUUGUUUUACUGCCGUCUCUGCAGGUGCCACCAAGGGUCGAAAGAAGCAUCAUGUCCACUGAGGAUCGUGACCCCGUUGACGAUACAAGACGACUUGUUCGCGAUUGGGGUAUCCUUUUGAAGUACAGAGAUUAUCUUCACGGUUGGCGGCACGUUUUUGAUUACUAGAAAAAAGAAAAACACAUUUCCACAUAAAUUAAAAUGCCUUUAGUGGUUUUUUACAAAAAUCACCAAGUAUUUCAAAUUGAAAGCAUUUAUAUAUUCUUAGAGGAAUUUAAUAGUUGACACAGUAAUUUUUUUUUUCUAGAACCAAAGA